AUGGUUAAUAAUAACCUCUGGUGGCACGGACCCCAAUGGCUAACACUCGACCCAAUACACUGGCCAGUUACCAAAAAAUCAAGCGAUACAACACUGGAACUCCGGCCAAUCAAGACCUUCGUGAACACAACACAAGAGGAUAUCCUGGAUAGAUUCUCGUCCUUACCCAAAGCCAUUCGAGUUGUAGCAUAUUUGUUACGAUUCUGUUCGAAUGCGUCACCCAAUAAAACACAACAGUCAUACACGACGUUGGAAAUAACUCCAGAGGAGUUCAACACUACCCGCACGAAGCUAAUUAUUUUAUCCCAAAAGAAGUAUUUCCAAGAAGAGUAUGAAGCCUUAACCCAGAAAACCAGCAUACCCAAAAAAAGUACAAUUUUGACACUAAACCCUUUAAUCGAUCCCAAAGGAAUAAUGCGAGUUAAUGGUCGGUUGAGCAAUUCAGCGGCAUUAUCAUACAACGAACGUUAUCCGAUUAUAUUACCCUAUAGCAGUCGAUUAGCCAAACAACUCACCAAAUUUACCCAUCUAAUAACCCUUCAUGGCGGCAACCAGCUAGUCUUACGACUUAUGCGUUCGGAAUUCUGGAUACCGAAGCUGAAAACCCUCAUCAAGUCUACCAUUCAUCAGUGCAAAACUUGCGUUUUGCACAAAAAGCGUAACACUAUUCAUAUUAUGGCAGCACUACCCACAGAACGUACCACCUUAACCCGUCCAUUCGCAGCAACAGGAAUCGAUUUCGCCGGUCCCUAUGACAUAAAAAAUUACACCGGCAGAGCAUGUCUGAUCACAAAAGGUUAUGUAUGCGUAUUUGUUUGUUUUGCAACCAAAGCAAUACAUCUAGAGCCAGUAAGUGAUCUCACCACCAACGCAUUCAUGGCCGCAUUCGCACGUUUCUUUUCCAGGCGCGGAUGUCCCGCCGAUCUCUAUUCGGACAAUGGAACUAAUUUCGUUGGAGCGUCUAAACUUUUAAUUAAAGAUCGGCGAGAAUUCAUGAAGUCAUUGAAAACUCAAUUAACAGCUAGUGAAGCACACCAAAACAUCAACUGGCACUUUAAUCCUCCAGGAGCUCCACACAUGGGUGGACUCUGGGAAGCAGGAGUGAAAAGUUUAAAGAGCCACUUGAAAAAGGUGUCUCAGAACCAGAAAUUCACUUUCGAAGAACUAGCAACCCUUUUAACCCGAAUCGAAAGUUGCUUGAAUUCUCGCCCUUUAAGCCCAUUAAGUGAAGACCCAACAAAUUUAGAACCUUUAACUCCAGGUCAUUUCUUAAUAGGUACCCCUUUAUUAAUCCCAGCAGAACCUAACUUAGAAGAUGCACAUCUAAGCAUCGCACAAAGAUGGCAGAAACUGAAGAUACUCCAUCAACACUUCUGCAAACGAUGGAAAGAAGAAUAUUUGAAAGAACUCCACAAAGAUAUAUUGACAUGGCCCCUCAAAGCAGUACGAAGUCCAUUUGCAGCCGCCAAAGCAGCCCCACAUUCACUGUGCGAUCCCUCAGCUCGACUCGUAGCAUCAGCCCACUCUCCGACGAAGGAACCCUGGCAAGACGCCUGCAUCGCUUUAAAGCGACCCUUUCCCCCAUUCGAGAGGAGCGUGGAAAUACGAAUCGCACGGCCCGACGUACCAUCAGCCGUUCCUCUAUUAGAGAAGAACGAGGAAGUACCCAUCGCACAGCCCGGCGUACUAUCAGCCGUUCAUCAAAGCGAACGCACAAACACGUCGCCUGUGGAUUGUGUAAAAAGACCAUAG